AUGGCUUCUGUGCAGCAGAUCGUGAUGCAUCCAUACGUAUCGCAAGUGCUUAAGUUCUGGAGCACGACUGUUGGUCGUGACAAGACAUCGCGUGCCGUUCAGUACCUUUCGCGGUUCCUUGCAUGGUACUACUUGACCAUGGGUGCACCAAAGGAGACGGUGACGCGCUUCUCUUCAAUCAAGUCGAACAUCGGCCUGAGUCGUAAGCUGUUUCGUAUCGGCAAGUUUUUGGAACACUUCCAAGCUGCAAUGAAAGCUUUGUCUACGCCGGACAUUGUGCUUAAGGUGACCGCUGUUGGACGUCAGCUUGGAUAUGCUUUGUACCUGAUUCUUGAUGCUCUCCAAUGGGCGCAUGGCUCAAAGGCAUAUGUCUUCGAGAAGGAAACAUACCAGAAAAUCGCCAAGAAUGCCGCGCGCUUUUGGCUCGCUGGUCUGACGUUCUCGCUUAUUAGCGGCACGUACAAGUCGUACAACCUGAUCCAACGUAACAAGAUGGCGCAACGUCCGAAAGCGACGGCUGAAAAGGAAGCUGAGCGCCGCGUGGAGCUUAACCAGAUUGCCGUCGAAACCAGGGCUGUACGUCUGCAGAUGCUUCAGGACCUUUGUGACUGGAUCAACCCAGGCUCGUCGACGGGCUGGAUCAAUGCCAAUGAUGGUAUGGUGGGUCUUGCUGGCUUUGUGUCUUCGUGUCUUGGUGCUCGUUCGCAAUGGAUUAAGGUCAAUGGCACUAAAAAGUAA